AUGGAAAUAGGGUAUCAAAGAGGUUUUGUACGGACAACUAGGUCUGGUGCUUGGAUAGCUCUUACUCGGGAAACUGUGGUGCGGCUUAUUGAUUUUGACGAUUUACUCUGGGAAUUGAAAAGAGGUUUGUCCGAGUUCAAAGUUGCGUACUGCAGUGGUGGUGGCCCUUUAGCGCUGUACUGCGGGGAUCGCUUUGAUUCGGAUGGAGUUGGAAAUGUUAUUGGCUUGUAUACUGCAAAAGGGGCACCCCAUCCUCUGAGGCCUAAUAUUCGUCUCGAUGGUAUAGAAAGUGUCUUCUUCAUGUGCUGGAAUGAGUGUAAAGAUCAUCUCAUUGUUCUAUUGAACACCGGGGAAGUACAAUUUUUUAGUUUGGCAGGGGAAAUUGUUGCAGAAUCGAUCAAGCUUCCGGUACCUUUACUAUGUGUUAGUACAGGUAAUGGAAUUUCCCUGUUGGUUAAUGAUGUGGAACCCCAGUUAAUUGUAUUGGAAUACCAUAAUAGUGGGGAAUACAGGAAGGUUGCCUUGAACCUUCCUCAGAUAUUUCAAAACCAAAAGCCUACAGUAAUGUUGGCCGUUCCACAACAAUUUAGCGAUACUGGAUACACGGAGGUGUUUGUACCUUUUCUAACAAAGGAUGGCGUAUCUAGUUUUUGGCACUCUGUCUUCUCUAGUAAUCCUGGUUGCUAUGACCUUCGCGUAUCUAUAGAUGGAGGUAAGGUGGUUCAUAUGGCACUUUCUCCAAGUGGUCAAUCUAUCGCCUUUUUAGUUGAAAAUGGAACACUUUACGUUGCUUCACGUUCAUUUGAAGAUAUUACUCGUCUACUCACUAGAGAACUGGAUGUUAUACCUGUUCAAUUUCUUUGGUGCGGAGAUAGUUGCAUUACAUACUUGCAUUUGGAGAGUCAAUUUGAGGAUGAUCUUGAGUUUUCAACAACAUUAACGUUAGUUAAUGUGGAGGACCCUGAUCAGUCGGAUUUUUUGAAUGAUAUUCCUUCUGCUCCCUAUUUGGUUUCCGAGUGUGACGGUAUUCGGAUUUUUUCGGCGGAUUCUUAUCAAUUUCUUCAGGUGGUUUCGGCCCCAAGUCGCCGUAUUUUUUCUGUGGGAUCUCGAGCUAAUUCGGCCAUGCUGCUACUUGCAUUUGACGAAUUUAUGUGUGGUAGUACAACUUCUGUGAAGCUGAUUCGAGACCUACAACGAAAUCCUACGGAACUUUCUGAAGCGGUGAAUGAUUGUAUUGCUGCUGCCGGAUUUGAGUUGAACACUUCACAACAAAAACGAUUGAUGCGCGUGGCUGCGUUUGGAAAAGCAUUUUGCUCGAUGUACGAUUCCGAUUUAUUUGUAAAUAUGGUCCGAAGACUACGUGUUUUGAAUGCCUUACGUAAAAGUAAGGCAGGUAUGUUAAUGUCACAGGCACAAUUUUUAUCUUUGGAGGGAGAUCGUUUGGCGGACAGACUUGUGCAAAUGGAUCAACAUCAAUUGGCGUAUUGCAUAUGCAACUGUUUAGGCUUUAACACUCGAAGAGUGAUGACGGAAUGGGCGUUGGCAAAGUUAACCAAACAUUCUUUAACUGUGGCGGAGGAAAAACAAGUUGCGUUGGAUGUGAUUGAAAAAUUGAAGGAGGUCAAUCAAAAUUCACAUGCUGAAAUCGCUUACAAAUUAUACCUAAAACAAAAAACGCAUGCCGCGUUGUUACUUUUAGAGGCCGAAAAAAUUGCUUCAAGGCAAGUACCAAAAUUACUGGAGAUCGACCAACCUGAACUUGCUCUUCAAAAAGCAGUUAAAAGCGGAGAUGCGGAUUUAGUAUUUACAGCCAUGAUGUAUCUUAUUUUGCACCGGGGCACUGAAGCUGUUCCUCUCUUAAUGCGUGAUUCGACG